GAGGUAAAGCGACGCCACAACCAAGUUACUGCAACUGGGAGAGUUUGUGAGGAAGAAGCACUCCGCGGACGUGCUUUCAGAACCCAUCGCAUCUGUUUAUCACAAUUUCAUUGAAUAUUGCAACAGAACUGAAUUAAGGUGGACUUCCUCGCGUUCUCUGGAGGGCUGCGACCCAUGAUGAGCGCCGGACAGACUUAUGAGAAGAAAAUUGCGAGUAUUUUGACCGAUUUACCCGGAUCUAUGAGUUGCCAUCCUAACUCCAAAGACUCGCCAACUCUCCCCGAGUCUUCAGUCACGGACAUGGGCUACUAUAGUGGACAAGCGGCCCAUAGCCAUCACGAAUAUUACCAAAGUCAAGCCUACGGUCAACCCAUGAAUUCUUACCAUCAUCAAUUCAAUUUGAAUGCAAUGGGAGGUGCGGGUGCAUACCCCACCAAAUCUGAAUACUCAUACACAAAUGCCUACAGACAAUACGGACACUAUAACAGAGACAUUCAAGCUUCACCCCAAGGUUCAGUUAAAGAAGAACCAGAACCAGAAGUUCGGAUGGUGAAUGGGAAGCCGAAAAAGAUCCGCAAACCGAGGACCAUUUAUUCCAGCUAUCAGCUCGCCGCAUUGCAGAGGCGCUUUCAGAAAGCACAAUACCUCGCUCUCCCGGAAAGAGCCGAGCUUGCUGCUCAACUUGGCUUGACUCAGACACAGGUCAAGAUCUGGUUCCAAAACCGAAGAUCCAAAUUCAAGAAGCUGUACAAGAAUGGUGAGGUUCCUCUUGACCACAGUCCAAACGCCAGUGACUCGAUGGCCUGCAACUCCCCUCCAUCUCCAACAGUGUGGGACAAUAACACUCACAGUACCCCUACCAGCAGGCCUCAGGUCCCGCCGGCACCCCAUAGUUCAUCGCCCCCCUACCUGGAGGAUUAUAACAAUCACUGGUACCAACAAGGAUCCCACCUACAGCAUCCGGCGGCAGUGCACCAUCCAGUUCCACAGCAAAGCGUUGGAGCCGUUUAUUAACAAAGACUGUACCUAGAGUUUGAACAGCAGGCCCAACUCCUUCCAUUGACUUUACUGAGCUCUGAAAGAGUAGCACGCGCUAUAAACUGACACGACUGGGAGUACAGGCCUGACAGAAGGGAAACAUUGGCUCUGCUGGAUUAAAUGUUCAGCAUAACAUGUCCCUGAAACGCUGGUAAACCUCUACCGCGGAAAUAUUUCAGAACUCAAAAUCAGAUUCAAAAGCACAUAAGGGAUGUCGAAUCACUUGCUGUAUUUAAAGGACGUCUGGCGUGGUUUUAAAUUAUUUAUCGCUUCCGUUGUACUUCUUUUAUUUUCUUUUGUAAGAGGUUAUACAAAUCAUGUUUUACAAGUUACCAGCCGAAACCGAUGACAAAACUGUGCAGCUGAUCCAUUAUGCGAACAUUUCUAUCAUGGAUAAGGAUUUGCAAAGUGCGUCAGAAACUCAGGUCAUAUUUAUAGAUUUGUACAAAAUGUCGAAGGCUGUACAUAUGUGUUUAUAAAAAGCAGAACCACUAAGAUCAUAUUAGUUUAAAAUGGAAAUACUGCACUGUGGUGCCUCCAGACCUUUUAUAUUCAUGUAAUUAGUAUACUUUUAUUGCGUUUCUGUCUAAAUGAAUAAAGUUAUCAAUUAAAUAUUG